AUAAUUGAAAUACCAGUAGCCACAGAAACCAACGUUACACUCUCACACACACACAAACACACAUUAAUGGCUCUCUCUCUUUCUUCUUUUUCAACAAUGAUUCCAUCCUCGAAUCAGAUGAAUCCCAGUUUACUCUGUUUGAAUUCCAGCUCAGUUAGUGUAAAAUUUGAAAGAAAGAAAAGGGUAAUAGCCGUUAAAUCCGAAUUGAAAGAAUCAUCAUCAUCUUCUGAUGUAACAGCAAAUCCAAAGAAGAAGAAGCAACUGGAAAUAGGUUCGCCCAUUAUCAUAAUUGAAGCUCCUAAAAUGCUGAAAACAGCUGAUUCAAUCCCCUGUCUCAGAUCCAAUUCCAACAUAGUCAAAGCAGGAGAUGCUGGCAGGAUUGUAUCAAGAAAGCCAAAGGAUGUAUGGGCUGUUCGUCUCAGUAAUGGAACUUAUCUUAUAGAUGAGAAAUAUUUCAAACCAUUAGACCUUCAAGAUUGAUUAAACAAAGUAAUGUAUAUUCAUUGCAAUCACAUUGUUCUUCUUCAUGCAUGAAUCACAUAUACAUAAAACAAAAGGGUUUUAUUCA